GCAGCUGGUUGUACCUACCAUCCUCUGGCACACACACUCUCACACGUGCACACACACACUGCACAGGCGAUGGCAGCGAGCCGCGCCGAGUCCUCCACCACAGAUUAAUUAGCUGAAGCCCUGUGCUCCUCACACCCCUGGAUUUUGAUGUCCUAAUGAGGAGAUUGCGGCAAUGGUGAAGGGCAAGGCAGAGGAGCGGACGCUCCAGUACCAGCAAACUUUGAUGUAUGGACGCUACACCCAGGAGCUGGGUGUGUAUGCCAAGGAGGAGGCAGCACGCCUACGAGAUGGAGGUGUGCGAGAUGGAGCCGGACUGCGGCGGAACACCAGCGUUCGAAGUCGAGCUGCGGACCUGCUGGAGUACGAGAAGGGUCCCUGUGCUAAGUGCCAGAUGUGUGCAUCUCGCUGCCAGAAGUUCCUGAUCUCACGUGUUGGAGAAGACUGGAUCUUUCUCAUUCUGCUGGGACUGCUCAUGGCUCUGGUCAGCUGGGUCAUGGACUACGCCAUCGCUUUCUGCCAAGAAGCACAGAAAUGGAUGUAUGGUGAACUGGACAGCAACAUGCUCCUGCAGUACAUCGCCUGGGUCACCUAUCCAGUGGUACUCAUCUCUUUCUCCGCAGGAUUCACGCAGAUCCUGGCUCCUCAGGCUGUGGGUUCAGGUAUUCCUGAGAUGAAAACGAUACUUAGGGGAGUGGUCCUGAAGGAAUAUUUGACUUUCAAGACCUUUGUGGCUAAAGUCAUUGGUCUGACCUGUGCUCUGGGCAGUGGGAUGCCUCUGGGGAAGGAGGGACCCUUCGUUCAUGUUGCCAGUCUGUGCGCUGCCUUGCUGAGCAAAUUCAUGGCUGCUCUUUUUGGUGGCAUUUACAUGGAAGAGCCCUUUGAAGGAAGCAAGAACGAGCUGAGGAACACGGAAAUGCUGUCGGCUGCGUGUGCGGUGGGUGUUGGCUGCUGCUUUGCUGCUCCUAUUGGAGGCGUGCUCUUCAGUAUUGAAGUCACGUCCACCUUUUUUGCAGUGAGGAACUACUGGAGGGGCUUCUUUGCUGCCACCUUCAGUGCUUUUAUCUUCAGGGUGCUGGCUGUUUGGAACCAGGAGGAAGAGACAAUCACCGCUCUCUUUAAGACCCGUUUUCGUCUGGAUUUCCCCUUUGACCUUCAGGAGCUGCCAGCGUUCGCCAUCCUCGGGAUUGCUUGUGGUUUCGGUGGAGCUCUGUUUGUUUACCUGAACCGGCUGAUUGUGGAGUGCAUGAGGAAACAGAAAACCAUCAACAAGUUCUUGCUAAGAAAGCGGCUGCUGUACCCGGCUCUCGUCACCCUGCUGGUCUCCACGCUCACGUUUCCUCCUGGCUUCGGGCAGUUCAUGGCAGGACAGCUGACGCAGCACGAGUCUCUGGUCGCGUUGUUCGACAAUCGUACGUGGUGUCGUCAGGGGGUGGCGGAGGAGUUCGACUACAUCAGCCACCACCAUGCCUGGAAACACCCGCAGGUCAACGUCUUCAUCACACUCAUCCUCUUCAUCAUUAUGAAGUUCUGGAUGUCGGCCGUGGCCACCACCAUGCCUGUUCCAUGCGGCGCCUUCAUGCCCGUGUUUCUCAUCGGUGCAGCAUUUGGCAGACUAGUUGGAGAAAUCAUGGCAGCCAUGUUUCCUGAUGGCAUCCAUGCGGAUGGCAGCGUGUAUCCCAUAGUUCCAGGUGGCUAUGCUGUUGUAGGUGCUGCAGCCCUGUCUGGAGCAGUCACCCACACUGUGUCCACAGCGGUCAUUGUGUUUGAGUUGACAGGCCAGAUCUCACACAUCUUGCCCGUGAUGAUAGCGGUGAUCCUGGCCAACGCCGUGGCGCAGGCGCUCCAGCCGUCGCUAUACGACUCCAUCAUUCGCAUAAAGAAGCUUCCUUAUCUGCCAGAGCUGGGAAUGGGACAUCAUGAGAAAUAUAAUAUCCGUGUGGAGGACAUCAUGGUCAGGGAUGUGCGCUACAUCACCCUGAAUUCUUCAUACCGGGACCUGCAGGAGAUGCUGCUGACCGGUCACCUGAAAACACUUGCCCUGGUGGAAUGUAGAGACUCCAUGAUCCUGCUGGGCUCCAUCGAGCGCCUGCAGCUCCAGUCCCUUCUCUCCCUUCAGCUGAGCCGUCAGCGGAGGCUCGAGUACCUCCACCAGCUGGCCCAGGAGACCGGCACCCACGAUCCUCUGCCCAGCCUGACGUCAGACAGCUCCCCCAGCUCUCCUUGCACCCACAUUCACCUCAAUGCAUCCACCAACACCAGCGCUCGCCAAGAGGUUCGCUUCCUGGUGAGCACCCAACAGAUCUCUACAGAGGAGUCUUCCUCCUUCAGCCCUGUGGUUUCCAACGCUCAGCUGCCUCUGAAAUCUGCCUUGAAAACCGUGUCGGCCAUCAGCAACAUAGAGACGCCAAACAGCUCGCAGACACUCUCCUGUGCUGAUCAGGAUGAGGAGCUGCUGGAGAGUCCGGCUGGGCCGGCUUCUCCUGAAAACAGAAAGCCCAAACGAGUGAGGAUCUCCAUGGCGGACUCAAACGAAGUGGAGGACUGCAUGUCCCCCUCUGAGGUAGCUGAGUGGGAGGAUCAGAAGCUCGAUGAGCUGGUGGAUUUCAAGAACUGUAAAAUUGAUCCUGCUCCUUUCCAGCUGGUGGAGCAAACAUCUCUGCAUAAGACUCACACCAUCUUCUCCUUGCUGGGCCUCGAUCACGCCUACGUGACCAGCAUGGGACGACUGGUUGGAGUGGUCUCUCUCAAAGAGCUACGGAAGGCCAUCGAGGGCUCGGUGACGGUGACCGGCGUGAAAGUACGCCCCCCUCUGGCUAGUUUCCGUGACAGUGGGAACAGUACAAAUGUGUCUGAGGUAACAGAACUACACAAGCUGUGCAUGCGCCACAAAGGGUUGUCCUUACCUCGGGAACCCAACCCUCCAGAUGUGGAGAAGAAGCCGGGCCUUUCCUACAAAGACGUGCCAAUCAGUUACUCGGACAAAACAAAUUUGCAUUUUGAAAACAGCCGUGGGGAAGUCACAAACCUGUCGGACCUGGUGCUCCAGGAAAGCCCCUCUUUCACUGAGGACCAGUCGGAGUUUACUUUUGACUGCAGCCCCUCUCGCACAGAGGAGUCGGAGCUGACAUGUGACCAAGACCCCCCCACGUUGGAGCCAAACGAAACAGAACCACCGCAGGAAAGUUCAUCUGUAAACAAGGACCAAUCAGAACCUGUGGGAGAGUGCUCCACUGUCCACAAUGACGAUCAAUCCGAAUGAUAAGAGCUCACCUCGUAAUGUUUGAUGUUUCUCACAUUUGUAGUGGUCCAACGUGGAUGUCCAUUUGUGUUCCACCAUACUUGUGAUGAUAGUUUAAGCACAUGAGAAAGGGAUAAAGCUGGUUUAUUUUGUAUCUUUAUCACAGAGAACAGAUCUCUGUAGGAGACCAAAACUAAAAUUGUCCAAGUUUUCCAGUUUUUUUAAACACAAAAGUUUGUUUAUGGUGUUGUUGUCUCAUUCCAUAUAUUUUAAAGGUUCAUGCAAGAAUUCUCCAGUGAAAUAAUCACGCAACACUCCAAUGUCUCAAUCAUGUUAGAAGGAAGGCUACAUUGAAAUAGAUUUUCAGCUGGCUGAGGAGUUGCCAGUUUUUCUCCUUUCAAAAUGGGCAAAGAGGGACACGGUCUUUGAUUACAACCUGUGAACCAUCUGGUUGCUGAGUCUGCGCCAAGCUAACGAUGCAGGGUUGCAAUUUGCUCCAGAAGCACCAGAGUGGUGGACAGUAUGUUGGCCAGUAAACAGGGGUGACCCAGAAAUUUUUUAUACCCCUAAGAAGCAUCUUAUUGUUUUACUCUAAUAUCAGGUGAAGCAAGCUAAAGCCUAACAUUGAGCUAACAAUGCUAACUGUAAAUUAGCAACAAGUAGUCAGCUCUAAAAAUGUCUCAAUAUUACAGUGAAAUGUAUUUACCCACGUAUCAGCUUGCUGUGUAUGACUCAUCUUGGCUUAUAAUCUAGAAUCUUCUGGUUGGUGAGCCGUAACUAGCAACAGCCAUGAAACUCAUGGAACAGGACGAAAAAGACGUGUUUGUUUUGAAAAUGGACUGCAGUACCCAAUUUGACGACAGGAUGAUAUUCUUACUUCAGUCUUACACGAUGCACCUUUAAAUUCCAUGGAGGCCAUUUUUGCCCACACAUAACAAGUUCAUAGGUGAAUUUUUAAAUAUGAAGUUGAGAUGGGAGUAUAAAACUGAUAAUUUAUUGAUUAAGACACAUUUUAGAAAUGUUUAGUUAUAGGCCUUAAACUAGGGAAAUGACCAUGAAGUAGAACAGGCUUCCCACAAGAUCCAUUUCAGUUUGAACCCUAUAUAAUGUUUAUUAAAGGUUGUGAAUUCCAUUAGAUUUCUAAAUCUAAAAUCCAUGCUGACAAAACUCAAAAGUACAAACCUCUCAGGACCCUGUUGGCAGGUUUCAAGUUAGAUGACAAUCAACAAUGGCUGCCCCCAUUGACUUAACGGUUCACCUGAUUGGUUGAUGUUUGCUUAUGACUAGAUGGAUUCCCCACAGGUUCUGUGAAACGGCUCAUCUGAUUCUUCAGGUUACAUUAGCAAGUACAGUAGCUCGGGAAUGGUUUUAGGUGGUUGAUGCUCAAAUCAUCGGCACUGAUCAAAGUAAUGGCCUUCUUUGACACAACGCUUGAAAAUGAACCGCUUAAUCUCAUUUUAAAGGCUUGUUUGUACCAUCCCACUUUUUUUUCCUGAAAAAAUAUCAUCCGGUCCAGAGCAGCAUUACUUGAGCACUUAGCUACAGGGUCCAAGCUUGUAUAUGUGAGCAAACCAUUUACAUGAAGCUCUAGACUAAAACAACCUACAAAAAGUCUUUUUUGGUGUCCAUCCUGUUCCACAGUGUCAUUAUAUUUCAUUUUAAAUAUACCGACAGUCAUUCUGCUCGAUUAAGAAGACACUGGACUCAAAUACUUGUAUAGAAGGCAGUGUUUUUGCUAUUAUUUAUCCAGUGUCUGAAUAUUGCAUGCUAGCAAGCUAACAUAAACAUUAGGGUAACACUACCAUCCCUUAAAAAGACAAUGUGUAGUUUUUACCAUUAGUCUCUGGAAAUAUCCAUCGUAAUGUUGAAAAUGAAUAAAACAAUGCCCAGUUGUUGAAAAAUAUUAGCGACUUUGUAACGUAUAACCAUAAAAAUUGGGUCUAAAAUAUAUGGGAGUGGGUCUAAGUUUCUGGACGAUGCCAUAUUAGAUGCAAUGUUUCCUUCUACAGGAGCCCAUGAGGACAAAACGCAUUUAUUGAUUUGUAACAAGCGGUUACUAAACUUUUGGCAUUUAUAAACAUUGUUUUACACAUAUACCUCUUCACUCCCUGCCAGUGAUGAAAGGGAGUCUGGUGUACUUGUAAUUUUGCCGGAGGUUGAAUGAUCUGAUGAAUUACUUGUUUGAAAAUUGCGGUCCCAGGGAUUUUUGACCCUAAUGGCCAUCCAUUGGUAAGGUCUUACUCGAGCACAAAAAUACAGCUUACUUGCAAUG